GCUGGGCCCCAGCACCGCCUCAGUCCCUGGGCGCUCGCUGGAGGGGGUGGCUGGGACCGUUAGCUCGCCAGGCUGGCAGGCUCCGGGCCGCUACUCCACUGGCGGCCGGGAUGGAGACGAUGCGAGCACAGCGGCUGCAGCCUGGAGUGGGCACCAGCGGGAGGGGUACUCUGCGAGCGCUUCGGCCCGGAGUGACUGGGGCCGCGGCUGCCACCGCCACACCCCCAGCAGGGCCCCCGCCCGCACCGCCGCCCCCUGCACCGCCCCCGCCGCCCCUGCUCCUAGCCGGGGCCCCUGGGCUGCCGCUGCCCCCGGGCGCCGCCGGCAGCCCCGCGGUGCUGCGGGAGGCUGUGGAGGCCGUGGUGAGGAGCUUCGCCAAGCAUACGCAGGGCUAUGGCCGAGUGAAUGUGGUGGAGGCACUUCAGGAAUUCUGGCAGAUGAAGCAGUCCCGUGGGGCAGACCUGAAGAAUGGCGCUCUUGUGGUUUAUGAGAUGGUUCCCUCCAACAGCCCUCCUUACGUCUGCUAUGUCACUCUACCUGGGGGAAGCUGCUUUGGGAGUUUCCAGUUUUGCCCUACAAAAGCUGAGGCUCGGCGGAGUGCUGCAAAGAUUGCACUGAUGAACUCUGUGUUUAAUGAACAUCCUUCCCGAAGAAUCACUGAUGAGUUCAUUGAGAAGAGUGUCUCUGAGGCUCUGGCAUCUUUCAAUGGCAACAGGGAGGAAGCUGACAACCCAAAUACAGGGAUUGGUGCCUUCCGAUUCAUGCUGGAAUCCAAUAAGGGCAAGUCAAUGUUGGAGUUCCAGGAACUAAUGACAGUUUUUCAGCUGCUGCACUGGAAUGGCAGCCUUAAGGCCAUGAGGGAAAGACAGUGCUCUCGGCAGGAAGUGUUGGCUCAUUAUUCACACCGGGCGUUGGAUGAUGAUAUUCGCCACCAAAUGGCAUUGGACUGGGUGAGCCGGGAGCAGAGUGUGCCAGGGGCACUGUCUAGAGAGCUGGCCUCUACUGAGCGGGAGCUGGAUGAAGCCCGGCUGGCAGGCAAGGAGCUGCGCUUCCACAAGGAGAAGAAGGAUAUUCUCCUGCUGGCUGCUGGGCAGUUGGGCAAUAUGCAUUCUUCUAGCUGUUAGGUGUCCACUCACAUACUCCCCGUCCUCUCUCGGCCCUUUUUUUAAUAAUGUCUUUUCUAAGACUUAGUUGAUUUCUGUACAUACUUUCUCAAUUUUAUACUUUAAAUAUAUAUAUAUGUAUAUGUAUAUGUAUAAAUUCUACACUUGGAUUCCUAUUUGCUGAGAGAUACCUUUUCUUCUGGUUUUUGGAUGUCGUUUCAUUUGAAACAUCACCACUCCACUUUGUAAGAAGAGGAGGCUGUCUUCAGAGCUUGUUGGCUCUUACCCUUCCAGUAACUCUGUGUAGCCAUUUCAAUAGCACAAGAUGAUUGACAAAGUGUUCUUAUAAUAUGACAGGGAGCUUGAAUAAGGAUUAUGUGCCCUACCCUCACUCUCAUUCCUUUCUCUUGGAUUCCAGACAGGGUGUGAGUAUGAAGCUUUUGGUUUUGGUUUAUCUUGAGCUGAGCCUACUUGAUAGAGUUGUUCCUCCAGCAACUAGAUAUUUCCUAGCCUAGACUCCCCCUACCCCACCACCACCACCUUAUUCCUUUUCUGCCUUCAAGUGGCACUUCACUUUGAGGCUGGUAUCUUAUUGUUAAAACCAUUCCUGAGAAACUUCCCAGAAAGAGGAGAGGACUUAUAAACACACCCAUAGGUGUUUAUCACCUAAAUUACCUCUGGGGCAUAGAUAACAUAUCAAGCUGGUCCUCGAGCUUCCCAGAUGAGCUUUCUCCGGAGAGGGUCAGUGUUGAAGCUGCUUAUCUUCAAGUAUUCCUGUUUCUCUCCUUCUCCCCCCUCACCCAGCUUAGCUGAGUCCAGUAUUAGACCUUCCUGCCUGCUGAAAUUGGUAGAAGGGAAAACAUUUCCCUAAUCCCACUCCUCCUAUCAUUUCACUCUUUGGAAACAGCUGUCCUGUUUGGUGAGGGCCAUCCAUGUUCCUCUCUCUCUCUCGAAGUUGCUGCUAUGUGCUACCUUAGAUGUCCAUGGAUUCAGUUGUUUUCUCUCUUUUCUUUCUUCUUCUUCCAUGUUGAUUAUUAGAGCAUGAGUCAAUCAGGAAAAGGAGCCUAGCAUUAUGGCACUUCCUAAUUGGAAUCUUGGGAGACUGUAGGAGGGAGAAGAGGCUCAAUGAUCAACUAUAUGUGUUUUUAAGAUUCCCUCUCCUGAUGCCCCCCCACCCCUGCCCCUGUCCUGGGUAAAUAGGAGAGAAAUGAUAGGGAGUACAGCUGGGAGAAUUUUUUGUAGGUUUCUCAAAGACAUACUUCCCCUUGUUUCUGUAAUCUCCUUUAUAUUGUAUUAUAUAUAGCUCAGUGCACUUUCUAAAAUGUGCUUGGGACGUUUCAUGUUUCUGCAAUUGGAAUUUCCAUUUAAUGAUGAUACACUUUGUUUUUAGAAAUAGUUAGGAAAUAGGCCACAAUUUUCUCUUUUGGACCAGAUAGGGAUAAGAUGAAAGUCAGCUUUUUGGCCUUCGAAAUCAUCUUGGUGACUAGUUCAUAUGGGAUCAGUGGUAAGGAGUCUAGCAACUGUUUUAGUGUUUGAAAGGGAUCUCUUUGAAUUUUCCAAGCUCCAUCUCUAUACACCAUGGAGCACUAAUAGGGUCAGAAUAGAGGCUCCUACAUUAAAUAAUAGGUAUGUCUGUUCAGAUUUUAUUCAUAUUUAUAAUCCAGAAAUCCUAAACCCUCAUUUUUCCUAUGCUCCUUUCUCUGGAAAGCGUGAAGUGGUGUGAGUUUUGGGAAGAAUUUCCUCUUGCACCUCCUGGAUUGAUUAUUUUUCUCAAAUAACAACCUUAAGAUCCCAAAGAACUUGAGAAAAAUUCCCUGAUCUGUCAUUUUCAUUGUUACAAGAAUUUACUUGUCUUUUUAGUAGUUUCUAUGUAUUUUAUAUGUAUAAUUUUAUACAAUUAAAAAUAGAUUUUUGUCUAGUGA